UUAUAAACUGGGUUUUCCUUCUUUUCUCUCUCGUGUUCUUCUCUGCUUCAUUAUACAACAAUACGUUUGAGAGCGCAUGGUACGGUGCCAGAGGCAAUAACGGAGAAAAACAGAUUUGUCACCGCUAUAAACAAACAUGACAUUGAUUGGCUGCAGGUACGCCACCUGCCGGUCCUAUCAAAUGUCAUGCCCGAGGAACCACAACGCCGUGUGCCUCACCAAGCAAGAGAGGUAAUAAUUUCCGGUACAACCCCCACUCCUCCUACUGAUUCGCUCUCUGCCAGAAGACCAAAAACAACAACAAAAUCGCGAAAGGGGCCACUACUCCACGUGUUUCCGGUGGUCGGGGGACCACGCGUUCAUGCACCCACAGUCAUUCUCUCCUCCACUAGCACCGCCGUUGUCGCUGCAAUAAUGAUGGUACCGCGCGGCUGCUUCUGCCGCCAACGACGGUGUUCAGCGGCGGAUGCUAGAGGUAGGCGACGACGGUGGCUGCUGCAGCGCCACGCACGGCUGGCGGGACGCGGCCGGUGAUCGAUGACAAGAGUCGGCAGAACUCCAGAGGAAGAGCGCACGUUGUGGCAAGGGGGAGACAAACGGCGCAGAAGUCGAGCGCCCAAGUCGACGGGGGUUUCGGCGCUCACCUGUUUGAGGAGUUGUUCGAUGUUGAUGCAGUUUCUGCUGUUGCUGUUGCUGCUGCCCACCACCGUUCGUCGCCGACUAGCGCUGCAUGGCCCCAACGGUGGAGAACGUUACACAAGGUCGACGGUGUGAUGUAACGGCUUGAUCAAGGAGCAAGACUCACGUGGGGGGAAUGUGACGUCGGUGAGGUUUUCACGUGCGGUCAACUUCGGCAUGGGCGUGAGGACGUCCGCUGCCGCCAAGUAUGCCAGGCGACCCGGACUCCGAGGCAGAUGCGCAACGACCAAUCAAGCAGACGUUCUGCGGCUCCUUGCGGCGCGACGCGCACUGGAAAUGCCUCAUCCUCACUCUCCUCAUCGCCGGCUGCCUCGCCGCCAUCGUCUGGUGUCGGGUGUCGGUCGUCCGACGUGACGUCAGCACUGAUUACCCCGCCGCUGCCUCCUCCACCUCGUUCUUCACCCUUCCGGGUAGUGGCAGGAGUUCCGAGGUUGAUUCCCCCCGCGACAGCCCCUGCAACGACGGGUACGUGUACAUCCCCGUGGCUUUCGUCAUCAUGCUGUACCUCGUGUACCUCGUGGAGUGCUGGCACAGUCACACCCGUAUUGAGCUUCAGUACAAGGUGGACAUCAACACGGUGUAUGACAAGGUACGGGACAUGCGGGAGGGCGUGCCCAUCAUCUGGUGGAAGGCCAUCUGCUACCACUAUGUGCGACGGACACGACAGGUGACACGGUACCGCAACGGCGACGCAUUCACGUACCAGGUGUACUACGAGCGCGUGAACACCUGCACAGCCGGCUCGGCCUUCAACUUCACCCAGUGCGGGGCCAAGGACAUCUCGCGACCUCUGUACGGCCUGGAGGACUACCCGGCCACAAAGAUCCGCUUCAGCAAGGGCUUCUCCUGCAGUGUCGACUCCGAGUGCGAGUUCGAGGACCAGCGCGCGCAGUUUUUCCAGGAGUACGAGUCACGUGACGACUACAUGGAAGGUCGAGAGGGCAUGGACAUCCUGAAUGUCAACUUUAAGGAGUACAUGAUUGCCUUCGCGGACCCGGAUAACUUGCCGUGGUACGUGUCGCAUGUCAUCUUCUGGGUGGCGUCCUUCCUGCUGCUGUCAUGGCCUCUUCGCGUCAUCAUCGAGUACAAGACGGCGCACCUGCACUACCACGUGCACAAGCUCUUCGGCACCAACUACGUCGACGUUGACGAGUUCCGGGGCACUCUGUCGAGGGUCAGCACCAUGAACAGCACGGAGCUGGAGAUGAACAUCCGUAACAACAACAUCCUGGUUCCCAGCUACUCCGAGGCCAUGCUAAUGAACGCCGCCCGCCGAGGAUCGUUGCUAGUCACGUCAGCCCUGCAAGGGUCUAGGCUGUUCCUGGGUGCCACCACUCCACGAAGUCUGACCAACCCCACCCUCUCCACAUCCCGCAGCGGGGGCUUCGUCCGUGGUUCCGUCCCCAGCAUUUCCAUGACAACCGUUCGUCGUUUCAACAGCUGUACGGCCAUCAGCGACCGCGACAAGCCACUGGUCAUCGCCGGCUCGCGGUCCAGCUUUCGGAGCUCCAGUGGCCCCGACAUCUUCCUGCAGCGCUCGCAAAGCCUCGUCCCUGACGAGAACACGUGCAACCAGCGCUCCGACCGAAGAAGGUGGCGGAGGAAACGACCGGCCAGCUUUAUCACUUUCGGGGGGUCCACGAUGGGGGCCAUGCUGCCGACGACCCCGGAGACUCCCGAGGGCUACGUCAUCGAACUGAACGCUAGCACGGGCUCGGCUGUGGUGACUCACUUCCACGCAGAAGACGACGGCGCCACAACGACUGUGACUACUGCGCCUGCAGCAAACUUCCCCAUGCGUGAGGAGCUUUGCAAUUCCUCUGAGCGUCUUCUGCCGCCCGACACUCCCUCUCUUUCCCACACCAGCCUGCCUUUCGCCGACUCUAUGCACAGCAUUGCGUGCAGCGAGCAGCAGAGCUCGGAGACGGUGUCGACAUCACUGGAGGUGGAGUCGCCGCCGCCAGCGUACAAUGAGGCCCUGACCAUGCCCAAGCUGCGCAAGAGCCAGAGCCUCGGACCCAGACCGAAGGUAGCCCUCAGUCACGGUCAGCCGAGACCGGAAGAAGGUGGCGCUGGCAAUAAAGACGGUAAGGCAAUCGUGUCCAACGUCUUCGAAGCAGCGGCAACAGGAGUCCGGCCGAAGCGUGUCCACAGCGACAGCGUCAGGUUGCACAGAUCCGGAAGCGGAAACCACGUGAUUCGGUUUUCCUGAGCGAAAGCUCGCCUCGGAGCGCGUCAGAGAAGCAGGUGGUGGCUGUUACCGAGGCGCGUUGAGUGCUUUAAGGCCAAGUCGGAGCGAUGCUCAGGGAUUCAGCGGGCGCGCGUGAUGAGGCAUCCCCAUCACACAGAGCUGUCCAGCGUUGCUGCAGGUCAAGGACGUGAGAUCAGCAUCGGAAAAGAGUUUUGUAAACAAGCCGUUCCCGUCUACGGCAUGUCUACAGCAUCCGCCGACAGAAACCAGUUCUUGCAAUCAGAAAGACGUUUGAGUAGUCACAGCGGUCCGCCAGGAUACACGGAGGCAGUUCUGGCCCCUGGCAGCAGAACGUACGACUUUGGUCAUAGCGAGAGCCAUGGAAAGUCCACCCAGGGAAAAGAGAACAAUCUCGAACAACCGAUUCAAGCGUUUAAACGAUUCGAAUUCAGAACUGGAACACCCUCACCGCUCCCACGGUGAUUCCGGCUCAUGCAAGGUGGGACCGAGACGACAUGCUAAGACCAUCACGUGACGGUCCAGACCUACCACGUGGUAUCUCUCCUUUGCCCUCAGUGGUUGCUACUUCCGGUGUGGACUUUGAGGAGGAGGAUGAGGAAGAAGACGAGCCUGGUCCCGAUGUGUGUGUUUCCGCUACAGUGGAGAAUGCUUCGGGUCAUCGCAUGGUGAACAUUCCAACGAGAGGUCACAGCAGAACGGCGCGACCCCGAGACGACGCGCGUUCGAGACUCAUCUCUCCUUCCACUGCACAAAGGUGCUAUCGUUCUAUUCAGUGCAUGGAGACCUCCUUAUAAGUACUCUUACCUUGCAGGUUUUAUUCCUCUUCCCUUUUAUUCUCUUUUUAAGAUCGUCAUUGUCAGCAAACAAAAUUAUACCGUCUCUCAGAAAAGACGAACCAAUGGCAGACUCUUCCACUCUCGUCUAUAAGAAAAUUACUGCAAAAAAAAAAAAAAAAAAAAAUCAAAUAUAUACUUCUUUGAGAAAAACGUUAAGAUAUAAAAUAGAAUUAACUUUGAUUUUUUUUGGUCCUUUAGUAUUAUGUUUUUGUUGUAACUAUAUUUAUCGUUGAAGAUGUUCUUGGUGAUGACGAUUGUGAUUACGAAGAGAAGGCCGAUAAGGAUGAUAAACACUUCGUGAAGAUCAAGCAAAAGAAUGUCACGUGUCUUUCAUUAACACCGCUGUUGACGCGACAGGUAUUGCACGUGCCGAGAACAAAGUCCAACAUUUAUUACUAUUAACAUUCCAACCAUAGCUUCUGUACAAUCCGGUGCCGUUUACCUUUGCCCGCAAAAAUUCUACUUUUUGCCGAUAAGCAGAUUUUUUUAAACCACUGAAUGUCUCCGAUGAGAAUCAAAAUACAAAUAUUUGCAGGCUGCUCUCGUGGACAUGGAAGCCAGCAAUCCAGAGAAUAAUCGCAGGGUUCUAUGCUUUGUCAGCAGCAACAGCUUGUUUGUGUGCCUGUCCUGCAGCCAACGCACGUGCCAGCUUCGUGUCCCUUGUCCAGUGUUUGAACAGUUGGCCAAUCAAUGCCACGACCAGCGAUCGCUCCGGCACAAUUUAACGCGAUAAUGUCAUUCCAGUUGUUUUUUAAUGACAGCUACAUGUGUGUGCGUGCGUGUGCUUGCAAGCAAGCAAUUUUGUUGAAUUUAGUCUCGCUGUUAUCUUCUCGUCUGCACCAGACGGCAAUGGCAACGCCGAUGAACGAUCAGUAACAUCGAGCUGAAGGAAUGUCGAGUGAAUUUUUAUUUUUACUUCUCAAAAUAAGUUCUUAAUGGAAGAGUUUAUUUUAAAAAAAUUAAACGGAAUCUUUUACAGGUUCCGCACGCCUAUAGUUCUUCUAGUCAAGAACAGUCCAACAAACAAACAAAAAAAUACACAAAAACAAAAAAAAAAACCAACAAAAAAUUAACAAACAAAACAGCAAACAAAUAAACAAGAAAAAAUAUUUUAAACAUGUGUUCAUUUCAUAAACGCAGCGUUCAUUUCUCAUGGUUUCCAUACACAUACAUUGUAGGGAGUGUAAAUUAUUUUCUGAGCCCUGAAAAUAUUAUGGGCUGUAAAUGUAUCCUUUGGUAUAAACAGGAACCAAAUCUUUGUAAAGCAUCAUUUUUAAUUUACAUAUCUUCUUUUUCUUUUGCUAUCUUUCCCAGACACUGAAGCUCACUGAGUUUGUCGUUCUACAGGUUCGCCAGACCAACUCUUAAUUCUUAUAUUCGAACAUUUGAAUAUUUUAAUGAUACUUAUUAUAUUUAAUUUGCAGUGGAUAAAACUUAAAAUACAACUUUUGUCUUCUGAUGGAAUAGGGAGAUAUUUCCUACUUCGUUAAAGCAUGUUGAGAGUUAGAAGCGAACAUAUUUGUUUGCCGAUACAUCGUUAAUAUUGUAGAAUACAAUGGGACAUUAGGGGACGAUGUAGGUUUAACAUUUUGGGACAUUGCUGAGUUAAGAACAAUGGAAGCUGAGCUUGCCUAAAUAAAUUAAAUACCGAGAAGUGGGCGUGCUUCUUGCACACUGACAAACAUUUUUUGCAUUGCUUUGCCUGGUGAAUUGAAACCCGAUACAACAUCAAACAUAUCCGAGCAGCAAAACCACAAGCAGAUGCGAAGAAGGUAUGCAUUUACACCUCUUGCCAGGACAUGGUAUUAUCACCAUAACACCGAGAUGUCAACAAGGAAACAACUGGUCGAGCGCUCAUGGUCAAAAUGAAGAGGCACAAAAAAGGAGACUUUUCUUUUGAAUCCCAAUGUUUUGUAAUUUUUUAAAAUAAAAUACCAUUUCAAUUUCA